AUGUUCACGUUGCAAGAUGACAUUCCACAAAGAAUGCUCAGCCUUUGCCCCCUCAAUGCCUUGCUCACCCACUUCUCCACUUCGUUCGCCAACCCGUCUCGAACCCCCGAGAAGACCUUGGGAGAUACGGUAGACGGGUCAAUUUAUAAAAACUGUUGCUCGUCUAGAAAUCACCGUCCUCCCCCAGUCCGUCAAUCCCCAACCCAACCCCCGUCCGGUCAACAGCACACCAAGUUCAACCUGUUCAGGACGAAGGAACAGACGGAUCCGCUGAGUAUGGUGGUGGAAUCGGUAGAAGAUUUGCGCCUUUUCUCGGUGUUCAUGUUCAAAAAGCUCAACAACUUGGACCAGGACAAAAAGAAGCGAGAUACAAUCGUGGAUUCAUUGUUCAAAAAAUCGAUGCGUGAAUUCCACAUGGAAUUGAUCGGAUACGAGGCGAUAUUGACAGAAGAGGGAACCGUGUUACGGUAUAAGGAUCUGAUCACCACUUUUGAAGGGCUGUUGACAAAGGUAUGCCGCGAAGAAAAAGUCACCUUCCCCCUCCCUCUCGGCGUCAACGCAUUCCGCGGCUUCCUCAACGAGUUCGUCGCCCAGCAGUCGAAGCUCAAGAAGAACAAGCAGAAAACGGGCGGCAUCAUCCGGAGCUACCGUAAGAAGCGGCGGCGGUCUGAUGUUACUGUGAUCCACGCCGGCCAUCGCUUCCGCGGCGAUUUUGUGCACGUUCCGACGUACUGCGAGCUUUGCAACGAGUUCAUGUGGCAUGCCGAGAAGAUAUUCAUCUGUAAUACUUGUCGAAUAUCGGUUCACAAACGAUGCCACACAAAAAUCACGGCCCCUUGUAUGUUACCACCCGGGGCACAGACGUCAAGUGGCGGUCGUUUCUUCGGAGCUGCUCUCACUGCCUUGGCGGAGGAUGAGCAGGGCCUUCCAACGAUUCUGAACAAACUGCUGACGACGAUCGAGUUGAGGGCGCUGUUCGUUGAGGGGCUGUACAGGAAAAGCGGCAGUAUGGCACAGGUUCGAGCGUCGCGAAGAGCCAUCGAAACGGCACCAGACGCCGAUCAACUGUCAGUAGAUGAUAUGCCUGUUCAUGUGCUCUCCGCCUUGGUGAAAUCGUUCUUUCGAGAAUUACCCGAUCCCCUCAUCACCUAUGAUCUCUACGAAAAUUUUCUGAAUGUUUCUGAAGUAACAGCCGUUGCCGAGCGAGUGCGCUGUCUCUCCGUCAUGGUCGAACUCCUGCCAAAACACAACAAAAAUGUUCUCGAUCGAUUGAUGUAUCAUUUGGCUCGAGUUGCACAUCAGGAACCAGUGAACCGGAUGGGCCCCUCAAAUCUGGCGCUCGUUUUUGGUCCGUGUUUGAUGAGGAGACAGCAUGCUGUUCAUGCACAGGAUACAUUGAUUGAUGUCUCAAGGCAAGCAGUCUGCGUCCAAGCAUUAAUAGAAGAGAAGCUGAGACAGUAUAAGGCGACGCUGAUCAAUAUUGUGGAGUUGGAAGCUGCGCAGGAGAAGGUGGAAGAAAACAUCCGUAAAAUCACGGAACACAUGACCCGUGGCCCAUCUGCCGAUUCCCAUGAACAAUGCAAAAUGCUCUUCGAGGAACAACUCGAUUUCCUGUCCACUGAAAAGGACAAGCUGACCCACGAGCUCCCCUCUCUUGCUCCAGUCGCAUCUUCGGAAGAUUUAUCUUCAUCUGAUGAACGAUCGUUCUCUCCUUCUCGGGAUGAAUAUGCGAUAGACAUGUCAUCGCCACCUGUUUUUGGUGUUUUGAAUCAUCCGACCAAGGGACGCCCUCGAGCCCCAUCCCGUCGUCGUCCGACCAUCAUCAGAAGUUCCGUCAAGAUCGAGACCGACAUAUUC